AUGAACCACAGCAACGAGUCGGCGAACAGCGCUGGCGUCGCGUCGUCUUUUCCACAGCCGCCCCCGACGCAGUCGUAUAGAGGGGUGCCUCCUUUGGUGGCCCCACCGGCCAGCCGAGUGACGCGUUCGCAGGCGUUGACUCGAUUGCAGCGCGGGAAGGAGAGCAGCACAGAGAUCAAGUCGGUAUCCACACGAGGAAAUGACGCGAAUGAGCUGAAAAUGUCGGAAAUGCGGAAGGGAUGCGUGAUCGGGGGUACCGACGCUGACACGCAACAGAGGAAACAAUCAGAGAAGACGUCCUCGCAUGCUGCAGUGCCGCCGACAGUGAACUCCUACUUCGACGCGCGAAUGACGGCGUUGCGUGAUCAGCGGAGGAGGAACGCCACAGUCACCCCCGACGACAGGGAUGACGCCGGAGCUGCUUUCCCGGAGACUGACAACGCUAGUUGGCGCCGCCGCCGUUGCCGCGGGCACGGUGCAGAAGGUGCCAACAGCGAUGCUGUGCGCGACGGUGCCUCCAGCGGAAGCGCGGACGAUGUGUGUGACGCCGACAGCAUCGACGAUGGCUCGGAGAGCAAUUGGCCGACGCACCGCGGUGUCGCUGACGGCGCGACCACUGUGGCCCCCUCUGCUAACUCCACUCAUACCCACAUCCGACGCCGUUUCAUCUCAACCCACCAGGCUGCGAAUGCUCUGCCUCGCAUGUUAGCGCUGCAGCGAUCUUUCGAAGCGGAAGCAAAGUACCUGUACGAGUACUGUGGCACACACGUUGUCGAGUGGCCGACGCUGGCGGUGGAGUGGAUUCCCGAUCGCGCCUUCGUCGACCCGGAGCGUGACUACACACUGCAGUACUUGGCGAUUGGUACUCAGGUGCACCCGCUCAGCGGGACGGUGAACACGGUGAAGGUAAUGGAGGUGGCAGUGCCGGUCAACACGACAAAGGACGUCAUGUACGGUCUCUAUGGUGACGACGACAUUGCCGGGGUGGAGGCGGUGUAUCCCGAGCAGGAGGGGCACAUCGACCCUGGCAAGCGCUUCGCCAACGUCAAGGGCCACUUCCACUGUGAGCAGGAGCUAAUGAUGGACGCGGCAGUGCUGAAGAUUCGCGCGAUGCCUGCGGAGACGAACAUCAUCGCUGUCAAGACUGCGACCGGGUUCAUUGGAGUGUACAACCUCGUCCAGGACUUUACUGAGAAUGAGGCUGGCCGCACGGUGCCGGAUGCAAUGCUGCGCGGGCACCGCCGUGGCGGCUUUGGGCUCAGCUGGAACACGCUAAAACCCGGCUUCAUCGCGAGCGCAGCCGACGAUCACUACGUCAACUACUACGACGUGAGUCACCGCUUGACGAUCGACAUGCGCGAGGCUUCGGCUGUUGACCCGGCGCUGACUGACCCUGAAAUCCAGCCACUCGAGCGCUUGGUUGGCCAUCGUGACAUCGUCAGCGACUGCUGCUGGCACUCUUCGCAGGGACACUUGUUGGCAUCCUCGAGCAUGGACGGAGACGCGCGCUUGUGGGACAUUCGCAUGAACACCAGCAGCUCUACCAUUCACUCGGCGCACGCGAGCGGUGCGACAGCUGCCCAGUUCCACCCGAUCGGCGCCUUCCAGCUGGCGACCGCUGGUGCGGAGGGAGGCAUUCGUCUGUGGGACAUCCGCCGUACCACGGACCCCAUCUGGGAGCUCAACUACCACGGCUGCUCCAUCACGGGUCUGCAGUGGUCGCCCUUUAGCGAAACCGUUCUGCUUAGCUACGGCGCCGACGGCCGCGUCGUUUUGUGGGAUCUGGCGAAGGCGUCACUCCCGCUUGACUACUCGGAGGACCAGCUGGCGCCGCCAGAGGUGUCGUUUGUACACAUCGGUCACGUGGGCCGCGUGACCGACGCUUCGUGGAACCCCUCCAAGACGGAAGAGUGGCUACUGGCGUCUGCCGACACAACUAAUGGGGUGCAAGUGUACCGCCCACUGCGCAGUGUUGUGCUGGGGCACUGUCCCUACCAGCAGUAA